GCCUAACCUCCAAAAUGAAGACUGUGUUGAGAUGGGGGGACGUCGAGGUCGCUUGAACGACCUCUCCUGCACCUCCCUUAGACGUUACAUCUGCAAGCGAUGCCAAGAUAGCGAUGAGAUUAUGUACAACGGCAUUAAAGGCACUUGCAACCUCCAAGUGGAUGUGUACCAGGAAGUUUCCGAAGUGCUGUUCAAAGAGCGUCUAUACGCUGGCUGCAUCAUCGUCAUCCAAGGAAAAGUGAAGCCGAACCCAACCAAGUUUAUCGUCCACCUAUCUUUGGGCCACGGUGAAGACACCCCGAUGCGCAUCGAAGUUGAUUUCAAAGAUGGGGACCUUGAGCUAUUGACCCGCAUCGGGAGUCAUGUUGAUGGAAAGUAUGUCAACAAGAUCGUCAAAAAGGACUCCUUCCCCUUCGCAGCCGGAAGCGACUUUGAGAUGACCAUCGAGUGCGGCGACGACAUUUUCCGCUUGGCCGUCGGCAACGACUUUGAGGUGGAAUACGAGAAUGAUGGUUAUGAUCUGCAAGAUAUCCACAGGCUGUUGGUGGAGGAUGAUGUGACAGUCACCAACGUCAGGCUGAUUUGAGGCUGCCAGCGCAGUAAAAUGGGAGGUGCUGCUUCUUCUCAGGAUGUUGACGCCAUGACGGCUCUUAACUAGGGUGACCGCCAGAGGGGAAAGUGGCUAGAAUUCAUUGCUGGAACUCCCCGACAUGAACGGAGCCAGAAUUUUUUUUUUACACACAUAAAAAUAAAACGGUAUUACACAUGCAUUAGGCUACUGCAUUACACAUCCUAUCACAAGGUAAACAUGAGAAGUUGAUUUUCAUUCAAAAUUGUAUUUUUCAAUGUAACAGUUAAUAAAAUAGCAGAAACCCCAA